AUGGGGUCUCAGAAGCGAGCGACGGUGGUUCAGGCCAUUCCUGCUGAGGCUUCGGAAGAGGCUGAGCUAUCGUUUCAGUUCACAAAGUACGAACAUGCCCUCGGCUGGUGGGAUGCUAUGCGUCUGCAUUACCCCGCCAUUGGCUGGGGAUUGUUCAUGAACAUCGCAACUAUCCUAAAAGGCAUUGAUGGGGGCAUCGUCCGCAGUCUUGUUGGUCUCCCCGUCUUCAAGGAAACAUUCGGGUAUUACCGCGAUGGCAAAUAUAUCAUUGCCGCACAGUGGCUCUCGGCAUUCGGGUAUGCCAAUCUACUCGGCGCAAUUGUAGGCGCACUUUGCUCAGGCAUGAUUUACGAGCGACUAGGGCCCCGGCGAAUGACAGCCGGCUGCUGCGUCUUGUCCAUUGCGUUCAUUUUCAUCCAAUUCUUCAGCCAUACGCCGGUGCAGCUGUUCGUCGGCGAACUUGUGAAUGGCUGCAUUAUUGCCUUUUACCCGAUUUGCGCGUCGGCAUACGUCGGCGAAGUCACGCCGUUAGUACUGCGUGGGUUCGCAGCCACUAUGACAAAUCUUGCGUUUUCGAUUGGUUCUCUCAUCGCUUCGGGCAUUCUCAAAGGUACCGAGACUAUGGAUAAUCAAUGGUCAUAUAAGAUUCCCAUUGCAACUCAAUGGGCUUUGCCUUGUAUCAUGUUAGUACUGGUUGUCUUCUGCCCGGAUCCACCUUACUGGUUAUGCCGUAAGGGUCGCCAUGAAGAAGCAGCCGUGUCACUGCGUCGUCUUGCGACUCCUGCAGUAGACGUUUCGCUAAAACUGGCACACAUCAAACAGACACUGCGCUUGGAAGAAAGCUAUCAAGGCGAAAAACCGACCUAUCUGGACUGUUUCCGUGGAACGAACUUCCGUCGCUUAAUGGUCUGCGUUAUGGCAUAUGACAUGCAAGCAUUUGCGGGGAAUGUAUUUUUCCUCACCUAUGCCGUGCACUUCAUGGAACUAGCUGGUCUAGACGCAUCUGAUGCAUUUUCUAUGAACAUCGGUCUAACAGCCCUCGGUCUCCUGGGCACAUGCAUAUCCUGGUUCCUUCUAUCAUACGUCGGUCGACGAACAAUGUACCUAUUUGGAUGCACGACUCUCGCCAUCGUGCAAUUCAUAAUCGGGGCUGUGGAUCUAGCCCCACGACAAACUUCCACCACAUGGGCGCAAUGUGGAUUAAUGCUGGUCUGUACUUUUGUGUACGACCUCAGUCUCGGUCCAUUCUGCUAUGUGCUACUAGCGGAAGUUUCAUCGGCGAAGCUUCGUGGACUCACGAUUGCGUUGUCGACUGUUACUUGUUUUGUGUGGUCGGUUAUUUUUGCUGUUGUCAUCCCUUAUGCGAUGAAUGAAGAUCAGGGGAACUGGCGUGGCAAGAUUGGGUUCUUGUUCUCUGGGCUUGCGGGGCUUUGUUCGAUUUAUUGCUUCUUUUGUAUGCCCGAGACGAAGGGACGUACUUUUGAGGAGUUGGAUGUCUUGUUUGAAAAGAAGGUGCCGAGUCGCAAGUUUAGAUACUACAAGGUUGAUAUUGAUGUUGGUGGGAGGCGGUUGGAGUGA